UUCAUCACAUCACCGCACCUCAAACUUUUCCUUACCCUUCCUCCUUCAAUCUUCCUCAAACUUGAAAAAAGUUUGAAAUUCCAAAACCCCAAUUUGAAUUUUCUCUCUGCUGCGAUCUCCACCUUCAAAAAUUAAAUCUCCCCCCGUCUCUUAAUUAGGGUUUCUCUCUCCCCUCACUUUUGUGGAUCUACUUGUUUCUUCGAUCUCUUCCACUUUGCUUUUUUUUUUUUUUUUUUUCUUGGAUUCGAUUUUGAUUUUUUUUAAUCUUAAGAAGCAAGAAAACGAACAUGGAGGCGAUCGAAGAAUUGUCGCAGCUUUCUGAUGCGAUGCGCCAAGCAGCUUCUGUGCUUGCCGAUGAAGAUGUCGAUGAUACUUCUUCGUCGGCGUCAUCGUCUCGUCGGAACUCAACUUUCCUCAAUGUUGUUGCGCUUGGCAAUGUCGGUGCAGGUAAAUCAGCAGUGUUGAAUAGUCUGAUUGGACAUCCUGUUUUGCCUACUGGUGAAAAUGGUGCUACACGGGCUCCCAUAAGCAUUGAAUUAAACAGAGAUGGCUCUCUAAGUAGCAAGUCCAUUGUUUUGCAAAUCGACAAUAAAACUCAGCAGGUGUCUGCAAGUGCCCUUAGGCAUUCUCUUCAGGAUAGGCUUAGCAAGGGUUCAACAGGAAAGAGUCGCGACGAGAUAUACUUGAAGUUGCGUACGAGUACAGCUCCACCUUUGAAAUUAAUUGAUCUGCCUGGGCUGGAACAACGGAUUGUGGAUGAAUCUAUGGUCAGUGACUAUGUGGCACACAACGACGCAAUUUUGUUGGUGGUAAUUCCUGCUUCUCAGGCCCCAGAAGUUUCUUCAGCCAGAGGUCUCAGACUUGCCAAGGAGUAUGAUUCGGAGGGAACGAGGACCAUUGGUGUAAUCAGCAAAAUCGAUCAAGCCGCCUCAGAACCUAAAGCCCUUGCUGCUGUUCAAGCUUUGUUGUUGGGUCAAGGACCAAGAAGUACAGCUGAUAUGCCAUGGGUUGCUUUAAUUGGUCAGUCGGUGUCAAUAGCCACGGCUUCUGGAACUGCUGGAUCCGAAAACUCCUUAGAAACUGCUUGGCGAGCUGAAAGUGAGAGCCUUAAGUCUAUCUUAACUGGGGCUCCCCAAGGCAAGCUUGGUAGAAUAGCUUUAGUGGAAUCUUUGGCUGCACAAAUACGCAACCGUAUGAAAGUCAGACUUCCAAGUAUUCUUUCUGGACUCCAGGGAAAAUCUCAGAUAGUUCAGGAUGAACUAGUGAAACUUGGCGAGUCAAUGGUUUCAAGUGCUGAAGGUACGAGAGCAUUGGCAUUGGAGCUUUGCCGUGAAUUUGAGGAGAAAUUUUUGAGGCACAUCACUGGUGGUGAGGGCAAUGGGUGGAAGAUUGUUGCCAGUUUUGAAGGAAAUUUUCCGAACAGGAUUAAGCAGCUUCCAUUGGAAAGACACUUUGAUAUUAACAAUGUCAAAAGGAUUGUUCUGGAAGCAGAUGGUUAUCAACCAUAUCUUAUAUCUCCAGAGAAGGGGCUAAGGUCUUUGAUAAAGAGUGUCCUUGAAAUGGCAAAAGAACCGUCGCGGCUUUGUGUUGAUGAGGUGCAUCAUGUACUGGUCGAUAUUGUAUCUCAAGCUGCAAAUGCUACACCAGGCCUUGGAAGAUACCCACCAUUUAAAAGAGAGGUAAUUGCAAUUGCAAGUUCUGCUCUUGAUGUGUUUAAAGGCAAAGCAAAGCAAAUGGUAGUUGACUUAGUAGAUAUGGAGCGUGCCUUUGUUCCACCACAGCACUUUAUUCGUUUGGUGCAGAGACGGAUGGAGAGACAGAGACGUGAAGAGGAGGUGAAAACUCGAUCAUCCAAGAAAGGGUCGGACGCGGAGCAAUCGAUGUUGAAUAGGGCAACAAGUCCUCAGACAAGCAGCCAACAAAGUAGUGGGAACUUAAAAUCAAUGAAGGAUUCAAAGUCUGAUAAAGACAAAGACAAAGAUAAAGAGGGACCAGAGGGUUCCGGUGUGAAGACAGCUGGGCCCGAGGGAGAAAUAACCGCAGGUUUCUUAUUGAAAAAGAGUGCUAAAACUAACAGUUGGAGUAGAAGAUGGUUCGUGUUGAACGAAAAAACUAAAAAGCUUGGGUACACAAAGAAACAAGAAGAAAGACAUUUCCGCGGUGUUAUCACUUUAGAGGAGUGUCAAAUCGAAGAAAUUACUGACGAGGAAGAUGCCCCUCCAAAAAGUUCCAAGGACAAAAAGUCAAAUGGUCCUGAUAAAGGUCCCAGCCUUGCAUUUAAGUUGACGAACAAAGUACCGUACAAGACUGUUCUUAAAGCACAUAGUGCUGUCCUGCUGAAAGCGGAGAGUGCGGCGGACAAGGUUGAGUGGUUGAACAAGUUAAAAAACUUCGCAACACUUAAAAGUGGUCAAGGAAUGGGUGAAGCUGGGCACCCAAUGCGUCAAAGUCAUUCUGAUGGUUCGCUUGAUACAAUGGCUAGAAGACCUGCAGACCCAGAAGAGGAGCUUCGCUGGAUGUCUCAGGAAGUGCGUGGAUAUGUAGAAGCCGUUCUAAACAGCCUUGCAGCAAAUGUGCCAAAAGCUGUAGUUCUUUGCCAAGUGGAGAAAGCCAAAGAAGACAUGCUUAAUCAACUGUACAGUUCCAUAAGUGGCCAGAGUUCUACGAAGAUUGAAGAGCUCCUUCAAGAAGACCAGAAUGUGAAACGUAAAAGAGAACGUUAUACGAAACAGUCAUCUAUUCUAUCAAAACUUGUGAGGCAGUUAAGUAUCCAUGAUAACCGGGCAGAUGCUGCAUCUGGGUGGUCUGAUGGUGGUAGUGGUGCAGAAAGCAGCCCCAGAACAGGGAGCUCAGGGGCUGGGGAUGAUUGGAGAAGUGCAUUUGAUGCUGCUGGUAAUGGUCCAACAGAUUUUUCUAGGACUCACAGUCGACGGUACAGUGAUCCAGCACAAAAUGGUGAUCUGAAUGGCGGAUCUAGCUCAAACUCAAACAGCCGUCGCACUCCAACACGAUUGCCCCCGGCUCCACCUUCAUCUGGUAGAUACUAGAUGCUCGUGGAUCGAGGUUAUGAUGCCUGAUUUUAUGAUUCGUGUAAUUCUUGUUGGGGUGGAUGUUUUAAUCUUGCUCCCUGAUAUUGAGCAUUUCUUCUGCUCUCCUUUAUAUGUCAUAAUAGUUUUGUAGAUUGGGAGAAAAAGAACAGGUGAUUCAUGUAGAUAGAUAUUGGGCGGCUUUUUUUUCACUAUUGAUGACUCGAUUUUGCAACGUGUCAGGCAGUUUGUUCAUUAAAA